AUGUCCAUCAAGAAUCCCCACCAGCUUGUCGCUGAGUACAAAAAGUCCGGCGAAUUUGAUCGUCUUCGCCGCGAACUCUAUGCUCAAUUCCAAGCUUCUGAGGGACUUGAGACGUUCAUGGCACGAGUGGACGAUGUGGUAGAAAAGCGCUUGGAGUCGGAUCUAAAGCUGCAGUACAUGGCACCGGACAACGUUCAGCGCGAACUUCUGAAAGAACUGGACCGAUAUCCCAUCGUGGAGCGUGCGCUGGUGGAUAUGCCCGCGUUUGCUGAUCCAGAGUUCGGUGCUUCGAUACGAAGGAGCGCUCGUGCAAUCUUGCAGGAAGACAGGGGACCUCCCAAACAGGAUGAUGACGAAGCAGAAGACGAUGAUGUGGAUAUGGACGUGGACGACGACGAGACCAGCUCAGACGAGAGCCUGGAGCUGGAGAUAUCGGAGAUACCAGAGACUCCUAAUCCUCACUCUCAAGCUGAGGAAAAUGACAUGGAUAUAUCGGCGCCUGCAUCUACUCCCGCCAUGGACGAAGCAGUUGCACCCUUACAAAUGGUCAACGGCGACCUACAGGAACCAGUCCAUGGUCCUGAUAUUUCUUUGGAUCAGGCUUUGACGCCUAUGGACUCUGAGCCCUAGUACUUGCAUAUGUAUGUAUUACUAUGAUUACAAUUGGAAACUGAGCUGGGCGAACCGCUAUCCAAUCUGCAGCAUUGUGCGUUGAAGACCGCGGCAGCAACGUCGACGAUUGGAGUGAUACUGGGUGAGUUUGGUGUCUCGCCUAUUGACGGGUGGGGGCAAGAACUUCAUUCAGAAUCGUGACAUGCAAGUGUACGAAUAGCGACGAACAAUACAAGGCCAAGUAUAUAUGAUAACUUCACAUAUCAUCCACAUCCUCACCCAUGGAAUACUCUGACAACUCAUCCGUGGAAUACUCUGAAGCAUCCGCCAGCGAUCCACUAUCAGACCCCUCCAUAUUUUCCCAUGGGUCGCCCGUCGUCUUGACCUUAAGGCCACCCUCGACCAAUCGCAUGAGCCUGGCAUAGGCAUCGGGAGCCUCUUGCUGCAUCCUAAUCUUGUCGGUAACGAGAAGACUGAAGGACUUAAAAUAAUUGUUUGUUGAGACGUGUCGCCUGGACUCCAACAUGGUGACAAGCUGAUCGUAACUCCAGGUAUGAGGCCAUCCGAGUUGAUGAGGCUCGAGGCUCCACCGUUUCGGCCGUUCGAGCACGAUCUCGGUGAGAAGAAUGUUGGAGCUCCAGAGGAGUUGAUUGUCGUUGCCGAACCGGAUGGUGAGAAAGGUGAAGAGCGUGUCCCAAUCCCCAAUCCCAGCUGUGUUGGUGAUUUCGAGAUGUUGGAUCAUAGAAAGGUUGGUCAAGAGUUCGAUGAUCUGCGAUGAGUCCAUGAAGGAGUCGCACAGAAGGAGGUCAGCGAGGUUUGCUGAGAAAUGAUAGGUGAACUCCAUGAAGGUGUCCCAGAUAUCGUCUUCCCAUGGCUGGUUUUCCGUAUACAACGACAAAGUGUCCAAAUGGGGGAGGAUCAGGGUGUCUGCGAAUAUGGCGACCAGCGCUGGGUCCAUCAUAAUCUCGAGAUACCGAAGGUCUGGUAGAGUGACCUGUUCGGCGGAAGCUAUGAUGGUAGCAAGCUCUGGGUCGGAAAACCCUGGGCCGAACUUGAGCGAUAGGCUGUCAAGUCUGAUGGAGCUGCACAUGGCAGAGACGAACCAGUUCAUGCAAAGACGGGGCUUUUGCACGGUCUUCUCGUCAACUAUUGCGCUCGAGAGUGUGAGGGUGUCCAACCCGGCCCAUGGCAAUGCCCAUGAGUCGUCCAGAAUAGGGUGACCUAGCGUCAACUCUCGAAGUUUGGUCGCAUUCUUGAGAGCACGAGCGAGACCGGUUGAAACGGGUCCCUGCGCAUCCGUAAGAUGAAAUUUCUUCAAUAACGGGAAUGCAUUUUCGGAAAGACCGUCAAAAAAUGACAGGUCGUGGUCGUCCAAAGGUAGCCAAACGCGUUCCCAUCGUCGACUGUGGGAGAUCAUGGCGGUAAGGUAACGCCGUAGAAAAGUCGUCGGCAUAUCCUUCAGCCCACGAACUUCGAGUCUAGCGAUGGGAUAUGGCUCGGAGCACUUCAACCAGAGCGCAGUAGAGCUGGUAAAUGAGCGCAGUGAGGUCCAAUUUCUGGGAGGUUCGGGGAGGCGAAGCUUUGUCCAAAGCAUGGGUGUAGAGUAUGCGGUGGCACGCCAUUUACGGCAGACAAGGGUGAAGACAAGAGGAGCUUUAUG